AUGACACACGAACAGAAGCGGAGCCACUUCACUCAGACUGAACAAGAUGCAUUUCGCGAGAGCUUUAAAAAUGCUUUACAAUAUCUUUUUACAUUUGGGGACACAAGUGCAAAUGUUGAUAGAGUAAUUCAGUUUGUUGCAACAUUUUGUACUUCACUGGAUGAUGAAGAAGAGUUCCUUAUGUUUAUAUCUGAUAUUAUUUUUGAUUGUCAAUGUGUUUCUGGACAAUCAGUAAGAUAUCGUGCAAGUCAGUUGUUGGCUGCAGUGCUUGCAGCUCUUGGAGAUGACGCCUCACUAGAUGAUGAUCUUUGUGACAAAUUACUUGCAUCACAGAUGCAACGCUUACAUGAUACCCGUGGAGCUGUGCGUUGCCGCGCCGCUCUGGCACUGCAGCGCCUGCAGAACCCGAUGGAACCAAACGAUGACGUCACCAGAGCGUACCGAUUUCACAUGAGCUGCGACCCUAGUUCUUCUGUUAGAAGAGCGAUAGUGAUGUCAAUAGCCAAAUGUACGAGAAACGUCCCCUUUGUGUUGGAGCGUCUGUGCGACGUGGACGAAGCAGUUCGUCGGGCUGCAUUUCUUUACAUUGCUGCGAUCAACGUCACGCAGCUUCGAGUGAGGCAGAGAUUGCUUACCCUUAAGGUCGGGCUUACGGAGCGCAGUCAGCGCGUGCGACGAGUCGUCGAAGAGAUCUUGAUCCCUGGUUGGUUGAGUACUUUCCAGGGAAAUAUUGUGGAUUUGUUAAAAGCGAUUCGUUUGGAUAACGCACAAGAUGCUAAGGACUCGCAAUAUGUUGCAGCUAAACUUCUGGAGUCAUUGUUCAAACGUCUCCCAAUCUCUGAGCUUUUAAUAUGGUUACCAAUUGACAAACAGUUAAGGCUUAUUCCUGCCGAGAAACUUAACAAGGAGACUGCUUGGUAUUGGCGCCAUCUCGCGGAACAUUUGCAGAGUAUUGACGACGACGAGACAUUGGAAACAGUUGUGCCAGACUUAGUUGUACUUACAGGUUACAUUAGAGCCAUCGUUGAGUCACCCUGUCCAUCAGAAACGGAUGAUCCUGUUGGCUUCAGCACACAUCAGUAUGUCUUGCAAGAGUUGGGCUGCAUGAUACGGGUAUAUGAUGCCUCGGACCCGACUGGCAGGAGUGCCCUACAGGCUCUCAUCACUGAUGUGCUUACUGGUGAUUACGGUCCGCUGAAUGCAGAAGUGUUGCGGGCUUUCGUAUCAGCUUUAGAGCUGGUUGUUCCUGAGGUGUCACAGCGUGUCGAAGUAAUAAGCGGCGUGAUAUCGGCGCUAAGGGAUCCCCCGGAACCGGACGUCCUGCCCCCACCACCGCCGGCGGUCGACUGCACCGAAGUUAAGCUGCAAAGAGCAAGAUUACGAGUUUCACUGAAUGUAGCAAUGGAGGCGCAAGAAGAAGCAGUUCGAGACCAAAAUUACGCCUUAGCUGCAGAAUGCAAGGCCAAGGUGGAAGAUAUUCAGAAAAAGUUAGAAGAAUUAAAUAUUCAACCUACACCACCACCUGCACCCAUACCUACUAUAAAAGAGAAGAUAUCAGAUGAGGCAACAUUAAAUAAAUGCCUGACCAUAUUAAAUGCCGCGCUGGAUACGCCGCAGUUGAAAACUGUAACGCCUAUGCUACAAAUGAUAUUCAAUGAAUUAGAGGUCGAGAUUUUUCAGAAUCCCGAUGUACUAAUCAACGCCCUCGAAACAGUAGCUCUCUAUGGGAUGUUGGACAAAGAAUUUGCUAAAGAACACAAGGCGUUCUUCUUUGCUAAUUUGAUAGACACCGCCAACGAGCCGGUGGUGACGACGGUGCUGCGCUGCAUAGUGGACCUGCUCUGCGUGCACGGUGCCCGUGUGUUCGAAGACGGAGAAGAGUCCUUGAGACCGGAGAAGACCGAGAGGAGGAAGCGCUCCACGCGCGUUUCUCUCGACGCCACGGAGGAAGACGGGAGCAUCUCAGAGUCUGUCAUAUCUUUAUCGCCGGCCCACAGCACAGUCGUAGAAUUACUACUGAAGAUUAUGGACAGUACAUGCGCGGCAUAUAGAUUGAUUAUUGUGGAAGGUCUUUGCCGAUUGAUACACUUGGGACAUUUAGAGUCGCCAUCUAUACUGAGUAGAUUGCUGCUACUGUGGUUUAACCCUGUUACAGCGGAAGAGGAUAUGCUACGCCAGACAAUUGGUGUUUUUUUCCAAACGUUCCCAAUUACAGUCGAUGGCGCGCAAGAGCAGAUACAGAAAGCUACGUUGCCCACUCUACGCGCUUUAGCGAACGCACCGUCAAGCUCACCACUUGCUGAAAUCGAUCAAGAGGCGGUCGUGAGGUUCAUCGUGUCUCUAACAAGAGUUAAUCAUGAACUGGUGGACAGCCAGGGCGGGAUGGCGCUGGCUCUCUGCGGGGCGCUCUCCCGGCGGCCGGGCGGCCCCGAGAUGGCGCUGGCGUGCCGUUUGCUCGCGCUGCUCUCGCCGCCGCGCCACGCCCACGUCGCCUCUGGCCUAGCGCGCACGCUGCGGGACCUCGCGCCGAAAAUACCAGAAAAACAGGCGUCGCGUAAUUUGAUGCGAUAUCUUGGCGCUUUGGAAGCACUGGAACGCGCUAGUCUUAACAAAAUGUCCAAUACAGAUGUCACUGAGGGCACGAUCCCAGGAGAAGAUUCUAUGGCACAAAUUGGCCGUAUGACUACAUCUCUACCCCAGCCGAUAGGGCGCAGUACACAUGUCGUGGUCAACGAGACAGUCGAAGAGGAAGUGGAGAUCGACGAAACGUCACCGAGCGAUUUAGUGCCGAUUUCUGAAGAACAAUGUGCAAACACAGAAAAUAUCAGUCCGAAAACGUCUAAAAAGUCUACAGACUCCGAUAACCCGUCUGCUAUGGAACUUAACGAAUCCGACAGUAGUGGAGUGUCCCCUGUUAAGAAAGCAAAAGUCACGAAAGGAAAAAAGAAGAAGCUUUCCAUGAACAAACAGUCUUCGGAAUCGGGCGUUACAGAUGCGAAAGCUUCUGGCAAAAAGCAAGUAAAUAAAGGCAGCAAGGAGAAAGAGAAGGCAGAAGGAGAAGCAGAAAAGGGAGGAGUUAAAAGGAGCCGCUCGCAGCGAUCGUUGGUAGACGUAGAUAGAGCGAAAGCUCUGGCGGCCAAAGACAAAAAGAAGGGGACGUCCAAAGAAACCUCGCCCGAAAUCUCGCCCACCGCCGACCUGGACACAUCGAACGUCACCGUACGACGAUCUACCCGCGGCCUGCAGUCAUCUUCCAGCACUGAGUCGAACGAGGCGAACAAUGAUGAUAGACCCGCCAAUAACUUUAAGCGGACAACACGAUCGGCCUCACUUCGAAGCAGCGGUGGCAAUUCGCAGGGAUGCGCGUUCGAUGACUCAGCCGAUGAAACAAAGCUGCAUACGAUUAUAUACGACAAAGAAAACGAACAGUCGCUGUUAGAGGAUACCAGUGAAUUAGCAGACAGUAGAAGAAUCAAAAAUCGAGAAUCAAAAUCUAAUGUCACCAUACCGGAGACACCAGAUGCGAGUGAAGAUUCGGAAUCAGAGCCCGAGCCAGUAACAGUCAAAGGAAAAGGCAAACGUAACGGCAGGAAGAAA